AUGAAGUUCUGGAAGAGUCUCAGCAUAUUGAUCGAGGAUACGCUGCCCGAAUGGAGGGAUAAAUUCUUGUCUUACAAGGAUUUGAAGAAGCAGCUGAAGCUGAUUUACCCUAAGGACGGGGACAAGCCACCGAGCAAGCGAUUGAAAUCGGAAAACCCCUCCGCCGACUGCUCGGAUUGUAACGGAAGUGGAGGAGGAGAUGUGACGAAAGAAGUGAUCGAUUUCGUGAGGAUCUUGGAGGAUGAGAUGGAGAAGCUGAAUUCGUUUAUCGUUGAGAAGGAAGAAGACUCCGUUAUCAAGUGGAAGGAGUUGCAAGAUAGGGCUGCAGAGGCCAAGGAUUCAAAAGAUGAGCUGAUGAGAGUAGGCAGAGAGAUAGUAGAUCUGCACGGCGAGAUGAUUUUGCUGGAGAAUUACAGUGCCCUUAACUACACUGGAUUGGUGAAGAUUCUGAAGAAGUAUGACAAGAGAAGCGGUGCUCUACUUCGAGUGCCUUUCAUUCGAAUGGUCAUGCAGCAGCCUUUCUUCACGACUCAUGUGCUUAACAUGCUUGUGAAGGAAUGCGAGGCGACACUCGACGUCCUCUUCCCCAGGAACGAACCACCAACGUCAUCGGUAGUCCCACCGGAACCCUCUGGUGGGGAAGCGACGACAGCCACACCUGAGGAGAGGUUGUUAAGGGUGCCGAACGAGCUAAACGAGAUCGAGAAUAUGGAGAGCAUGUACAUGAAGCAGACAUUGUCAGCAUUGCGUGUGUUGAAAGAGAUAAGAAGUGGGAGCUCGACGGUGAACAUGUUCUCAUUGCCACCCUUGCAGAGCCAUGCCGCGCUGGAGGAAGAUUGGAAGAAGCUCUCCGUGUUGGAACAAGCUGCCAAGUAG